CAAAGCCCCCGUAGGCCGCGCCGCCACUCCGCACACGCGAUCACCGUGGGGCAUACACGCUCUCCCCGAAUGCCUCCUCGCCGCCACCCGCUACUUCCGCGCGACGCGUGCUCGCCGCACGAUCGGGACGCGUGUGCCCUCCUCGUGUCGCUCGUGCCGCGCCGUGACUCGUGAGAGGGUAGUGCGCACCCAGUGUGCCCCAGUAGUGCCUCCUUGCCGACGAGCGCGAGCCGACGUGCUCGCUCGUUCGUCCGUCCGUCCGUCUGUCUGUCCUGUCUAUCUAUCUGUCUGUCUCUCCGCCUGUCUGUGCCUGUCCAUUGGCGCGCCGACGGCGAGAAACGUUUACGUGAAUUGGUGUGAAGCGAGAGAGAGAGAGAGAGAGAGAGAGAGAGGGGGGGGAUUGUAUACCGAGACGAUAUACACCGGUUAUCGGCGAGAUAUCGCGAGUAUUCGCGAGUGAGCGGCCUCAUGUGAGCCACGCAAAACACGCAACGCGCGUGUACAAAGAAUUUUUCCUAACCUCGAUUUCUCGUAACCUCGUGUGUCUCGUGCUCGCGCGCGCGCGCGCGCGCGUUCGUCGAUUCUCGAUCGUCGUGUGUGAAUCCCACGUUGCCGCGCUCACUGGGAUCCCUCUUCUUCUUCUUCAUCGCAGCAGCAGCAGCAGAAGCAGCAGCAGCAGCAGCAGCAGCAGCAGCAGCAGCAGCACGAUCUCUUGCUCAUCGUCUUCGUCGUCGUAGUCAUCGGGUUUCCGGAGUUGAAGGACUGCGCGCGAGGCAAGAAAUCCCUGCGAAGCAUGGAUUGGACCCGGGGGAUCGGGCUGACCAGCGUGUUGUUGUUCUGCCUCGGGGUCGGAGAAACAAACGGCCUGAGGAUGCUGGAGCUGGUGGUGCCGGAGCACGUGGUGCGCGGACAAAAUAUACGCCUCGAGUGCAACUUUAAUCUGGACGGCGAGACGCUGUACUCGGUCAAGUGGUACAAGGACGGCAACGAGUUCUACCGAUACGUACCCCAGGACAAGCCACCUGUUCUGGUGUUUCCCCUGCCCGGUGUUACCGCGAAUAUCCACAAUUCCACCGAACGGUCGGUCGUCCUCCAAUCGGUGAACCUCAUGAGCACAGGCCGCUACAGAUGCGAAGUUUCGGCGGAGGCGCCGUCCUUUCAGACCGUUUCCGACCACUCGGAUAUGCUGGUAGUCGCCCUGCCGGAGGAGGGGCCCACUAUCAUGGCGCGAUCCGGGAAACAUCGUUAUCAAGUCGGCGAUGUCGUGCGGUUCAAUUGCACUUCGACUAAGUCGAAGCCACCUGCCAUACUCAGCUGGUUCAUCAACGGCGAACAAGUCGACAUGCAGUUCUUGAAGGGGCCCCACAUCACCGACGCGGACCGGGAGGGUCUGAAGACUACCACGCUCGGUCUGGAGUUCCGUCUGCGCUCGAAGCACUUCAAGAGGGGAGACUUGAAGAUCAAAUGCCUGGCGAUGAUAGCGACCGUAUAUUGGAAAUCGAAUGAGCUCAGCAUAGAGGGUGAGAGGCCCCUGAAGAUGCCGGUAAUGGAGAGCAGGGAGACAAGGGCGCAAGGGCACACGCACGCCGAGCAUAUCCUAGCGAGCGGAAGUAUAGCGUUAGGACCGUGCGCCGUGCUGAUCGUCGCAGGACUACUGAUGUCGCGGUAAGGACCGAGGGUGCACUCCCCCGCCGCCCUCCGCCCUCUGUGCUCAUCCUCCAAGGCCUGGAAGCCACCCUCGUGUGACAUUAUUACAUAAUAAAUUACCCACGUUGUUUAUAUUUUUUAUAAUUGCAAUUAGUGGAGUUAGAGACCACACACACACAUACAUACACACGCACACAUACCCGCGCGUAAUCGUAUAGGCAGACAACACACAUACAUCGGUAUUUUAUCAUGCAGGCGCCUUCGGUCGAACGCACACAGAGAUGCGUCCUGUUCGUCCCGGCGGGCAGAAGUCGCCGACGCAUUUGGUCCUUUCUCUUUUUUUAUCCCGCUCCCCUUCCAUUCCUCGGAAAAUCACGCGCGUUAAUGGGAUCUCGCGAUCAGUCGCGAGAGCCGAAGACGUGCGACCGUCCCUUCCGCCCUUUCUUCCUCUCCCCAAUUCCCUCCCUCGUUCCCUUCGUUUUUCACAGCGCCCACGGCGAUUCACGCGCAAGUGUGUAACUCGAUUUCUUCGGUCACACGCGACAUACCGACAUCGACACACCCACACAUGUACACACACACAUACGCGCGCGCGCACUUCGUCUGUAUAUUCGCUUUGUGGUUUAGCGUGCGUAUCCGCCGCGCGAGCGAGCGCGAAGAACGUGGCGAGCGGCCAAAGUUUUAUCGAAUUUUUAUCAAAUCGCGCGCGCGUUACGCGUCCGAAUCAACGGCCGGCCGGGGGGAGCGGCGAGGCGUGAUAGAGCGUUUGAUUCAGAGUCAAUUCGCGACAUCAAAAUAUAUCCCGACCGCCCACGAGAGAGGAGCCCCCUCGAGUCUGAGCAGAGCUGACGGAUCGAUUUUACAUACAUACCACCGCAGCCGGAGGCCAACAGCCCUCUCCGUCCUCCCGCCGCCGCCGUCGAUUCGCCGCAAAAAAUAUUCGCUCCCUCCCUCUCGACGGGAUUAACAAUUAUCGGCGUGCCUACGCUCGACACUUCGUGCGGCGGAUAUUUAGUUGAGAAGACCGCGAGGGCGACGCGCGCGCGACGGCGAAACGUGCUCCGAUCGAUGGGAUAAACGAGCGCGGAUCGAGCACGAGGUAAGGAAAAGCUGAGCGACGCAGCAGCUGCUGCGAAGAAGUCGCGUCGCGUCCGUUCGCCGCACAUCCGUAGCCCUUAACGAUCUAGUCGCUAUUAAUCGUGCGUAACGAGAUAAUGUCCCUAGAAUAAUUGUGUAACGACGUGUGUGACUGUAGCGUGCGUUUACCAAAGAUUUUUGAACUUUUCACGCCAAGCAUUCCUAACUGUUAAUCACACGGUGGCACACGGUGUGUUGUAGGGAGACGUUCGUUUCGAUAAA